UUAUUCACGUGACCUAGUCAUUUGACAAGGCAAAACACGGCAGCAGAUGAGAAAGACGGCCGAUCAUGGAAUAUCAGCGGAAUGACAGGGUGGGCCUACUGUCUCCUCUGGAGGAGUCCAGUGCUGAGAUAAGUCGAGACAGCGGAAUUGUUUCCCAAAGUGCCAGCAGCUUGUCCAUGGUGAGUGAAAUCCUGAGCAGCGGUACGGUGUCGCAGAGCCCCAGUUUUGGAGCUGCGGCUAACGUUAUGUCCCAAAGCCCCAGCCUUAACGAAGCAGCGCAAUCUGACCCAGCCGACCAGCAUGAACCGGACCAGGACGAUGAAGUCCUGAGAAACACCGCACUCAACUACUCCUCGUACGUCAGGGCGACCGCUGGAGAAGAGAUAUUAUGCUUGGAGAAGAGCUUGGAAGAAAUGCUGACAAGAGUAGACGAGUUUGUUGGAAUGCUAGAUAUGAUUCGUAAUGAUACAUCCCAGAUAGUGAAUGAAAACCUACCUCAAAUCCAACAAAAGUCUGAAGAAAUGAGACAGAUAUACAGACGAAUUGAUAAAUUAGAGGCCUUUGUUAAGAUGGUGGCAGCCAAUGUCAGUGCCAUGGAGGGGCAGGUCACCCUAGCAGAGGGCGAACUAGGAACACUACCGGGUGCUUUCAAGAAGAUCCUGCGCACAAUGAGCGUCCCAGGCUUUGUAAAUAAACAGUCCAGCCCUAGAAGACCAGCAGCACCACAUCAGCAUCAAGAGGUUCCCAGUGUGUUCCGGACAGACGAUUACUUCACAUCUUCACACCCAGAGCAGUGAUGCACCACAAGAUUCAACAGAAAACCUUGGUUCUAACCUCAGACUCCUGUUUCUAAAGGCGAUGUUUACUGCCAUCCAUUGCAAGACAACCUGUUGGUGCAGUGGCCUCAACAAAGCAAUAGCAGUCUUUCUGAACAUGUCACUGGAGGUUGGGUGUGUGAAGACGGAAGAGUCAUUCUUGUGGCAGCGAAGAGCACUGGACUGUAGCAAAAUGAUCUUAAAAAGUGCCUGAUGGGUCUUAUUUCUGUCUGUUUUCACUAAUUAUGGAAGACAAAAACAAAAAUACACAGUGUAAGAUUUGUCACAAGCCAUGAGAAGUGAUGCCAACAGGACACUGUAAAGAAGGUACAAUAAGAGGAGUUGUAAAGAUCAAACUAACUAACCCAGCUUUUUUUUUUUUUUUUUACAAGUGAUAUUCCUAUUACUAGUGUUUGUAACAACCUGCACGCUGUUCGGAAAUAAUCUCUAAUAUUUUCAUCAGUCUCCCUCAGCAGCAUCCACCUAUUCUAGAUCCAGAUUUAAUGUCUUCCAUUUCUAAGUAGUCACUUUAUCAGUGGUCUGAUGCUUCUGGACAUGAAUGACAGUUGACAUCUGAGCAUGUAUGUUUUAUUUUUUUUGAAAGCACACUUUAGAUCAAUUGUCUUGUCAGUUUAUCUAAUGAAUCAAACUUAUAGCCAGUGAUUAAGCUGCGCUUCAGUUUUCAUUUAAUGGAAACACAGAGAACCUUGAAACAUAACCUUGGAAGACAAGUGUACCUUAGAGAUGUGAUGUGGCCCUCACGCUUCCAAAAUGGUUCAAUCAAUAAUGGACAUUGCAGAGAUUAAUUUUUGAUAAAUCAUUUGCCAAAAUGUUUUUAGUUUUAGGUUAAUUUUUGUCACAUUUUUAUGUAAUCAUUAAAGAUUUAUUUCAGACAGAG